UCCCUCCUCCCGCUCGUCCUCCGACCGUACUCGCCAGCACCGCUGCUGCUUCCUGCUGGGCUGUCGGUGGGUCAGUUGGCUUGUCUCCCAACGUCAGCGGCCGUGCCGUUGAACUGUCCGCCAUGGCUGAAGUGGAUCCGUUUGGCGCCCCUGCCGGCGGCCCCGCACUGGGGAACGGGGUGGCCGGUGCCGGCGAGGAAGACCCGGCCGCGGCCUUCUUGGCGCAGCAGGAGAGUGAGAUUGCGGGCAUCGAGAACGACGAGGCCUUCGCUAUCCUGGACGGCGGUGCCCCGGGACCCCAGCCGCACGGCGAGCCGCUGGGGGGUCCGGAUGCUGUUGAUGGAGUGAUGAAUGGCGAAUACUAUCAGGAGAGUAAUGGUCCAACAGACAAUUAUGCCGCUAUCUCACAAGUGGACCGGUUGCAGUCAGAGCCUGAAAGUAUUCGCAAAUGGAGAGAAGAACAGAUGGAACGCUUGGAAGCCCUUGAUGCCAAUUCUCAGAAACAAGAAGCAGAGUGGAAGGAAAAGGCCGUCCAGGAGCUGGAAGAGUGGUACGCCAGGCAGGACGAGCAGCUCCAGAAAACAAAAGCGAACAACAGGGUGGCAGACGAAGCUUUCUACAAACAACCCUUCGCUGACGUGAUUGGUUAUGUCACAAACAUAAACCAUCCUUGCUACAGCCUAGAACAGGCGGCAGAAGAAGCCUUUGUAAACGACGUGGACGAGUCUUCCCCAGGCACUGAGUGGGAACGGGUGGUCCGGCUGUGUGACUUUAACCCCAAGUCCAGCAAGCAGGCCAAAGACGUCUCCCGCAUGCGCUCUGUCCUCAUCUCCCUCAAGCAGGCCCCCCUGGUGCACUGAAGAGCCGCCUCUUGGAAACACUACAUCUGCAAUAUCUUAAUCCUACUCGGUGAAGCUGUUCCCAGUAAUUGGAUUGAUUAUGUUGAGUUCUUUUGGACCAAACCUUUUUGUCUUUAGAGUUGAUCAUUGUUUGUGAUUGCAUGUUUCCUUCAACUGUGCUCUCUGGCGUUCAGAGAGGAAGGGAGAGGAGGGAGGGAGGGAAGCCAGCCUCCCAACUGUAGCCUCCCCUGUGCUUUUGUGCAUUCUUUCUGAGAAUAAAUUUCUGUUCAAACAAA